CUAGGACCAAUGGGAAGUUCCGCAGGGGACCUGGGCCAAUCACAUUGCUCUGCCGUGAGCCGUGAGCCGUGGUUCCGCCCCGCCCCGCGUUUGCUACGGAGGCCCAUGAGGCCCUGGCGCCUCUGCGGCCACCUGGAGUGAUUGGCGGGCAGUGCGGGUUAUCAAAUUGACAAUCUGAUGGCAUGGCUUUAAUCACCUUGAGGAAGAACCUUUAUCGUUUAUCUGAUUUUCGGAUGCAUGGAACUCUGGCUACUUUAAAAAGUCAACCUCCAACUCAUGUUCACAAGGUAGUCAAGGACUGUCCGUGCUCUUGGUUCUGUUCACAACAGCCUGAGCCUUUCAAGGUCAGGUUCCAUCAUGCCCGUUGUAAAAAGUUUCAUUUGGAAAAUGGAAAUGACCUUCAUCCACUCAGGGGGCCAGUAUUCUCUCAAGUAUCUGACUGGGACAGGCUUGACCAAAACGUUAAAAAUCAGGACAGUCAGAGGUUUUACAAGAGAUUAAGCAACUUGACUUCAUCAGAAGAAGUGUUAAGUUUUAUAAGCACGAUGGAAACCUUGCCUGACACUGUGGCAGCAGGAGCUUUACAACGAAUCUGUGAAGUGGAAAAAAAGGAUGGUGAUCAAGGGCUGCCAAAAGAAAUACUGGAGAAUAGCAUCUUUCAAGCUUUAUGCUUUCAGUUUGAACAGGAACCCUCAGAGCUGUCAAACACUAGUUUGGUGACUGCUUUGCAAGCUCUGAUUCUGUUGCAUGUGGAUCCUCAAAGUAGCCUGUUACUGAACCUGGUGGCAGAAUGCCAAAAUCGUCUCAAAAAGGGUGGCCUGGAAGUUCACAAUCUUUGUAUCCUUGGGGAAAGUCUGAUUAGACUGUACAGUCCAGGUUGUGAGAUACUAGAACUGAUUAUAAGUCAACUGCAAGGUGAAAAAUUGGAAACAUUUACCCCAGAGGAUAUUGUGGCCCUUUAUAGAAUCUUGCAGGCAUGUGCUGAAAAAGUGGAUGAACACCAGCCAUUUUUAAAUAAGAUAAACAACUUUUCCCUUUCAAUAGUUUCCAAUCUGAGUCCUAAACUGAUGAGCCAAAUGCUCACUGCCCUGGUGGUUCUUGAUCAAAGUCAAGCACUUCCUCUGAUUAUAAAAUUGGGCAAAUAUGUCGUGAGGCAUAUCCCACAUUUCACUCACAAGGAGCUUGGGAGAGUCUUGGAGGCGUUCAUAUAUUUUGGGCACCAUGACAGAUUUUUGACAAAAGCCCUAGAGCAGCAUGUAGCUGCAUUCCAUCUCACCCUGGAUCCUGAAGUUGUCAGCAGAGUCAUGGAGUACUGCAGUAGAAAACUGAUUCUUUCAAAACGCAUCCUCAGUGCAGUCGCAGAAACUUUUGUUUGCCAAUCAGAAAAAUUUUCACCUAGUCAGAUUUCUACAUUAAUGGAACCAUUUGGAAAGCUCAAUUAUUUGCCACCAAAUGCCUCUGCUUUAUUUCGAAAGCUGGAAAAUGUGCUAUUCACUCAUUUCAAUUAUUUUCCACCCAAAGCACUAUUGAAACUUCUUCAUUCAUGUUCACUUAUUGAAUGCCAUCCAGUCAACUUUAUGGCAAAAAUAUUCCACCCUUUUUUCCUUCAACGGCUGCAAGGUGAAGAAUCUCAUUUGGACAGACUGAGUAGGGCACAACUGACCCAACUUUUUUUAACCUCUAUCCUAGAAUGCCCUUUCUAUAAGGGUCCAAAACUCCUUCCUAAGUAUCAAGUGAAAUCAUUUCUUACCCCAUGCUGUUCCAUGGAAACCCCUAUGGAUUUUCAUCUUUAUAACUCUGUGAAGAUUGGGCUGAUUGACCUUUUAGGAGCAAGAUUAUAUUUUGCUUCAAAAGUGUUGACACCCUAUUAUUAUACAAUAGAUGUUGAGAUUAAAUUAGAUGAAGAAGGAUUUGUAUUGCCAUGCACAGUUAAUGAAGAUGUCCAUAAAAGGAUAGCACUGUGUAUUGAUGGUCCACAAAGAUUUUGCUCUAAUAGCAAACACUUACUGGGAAAAGAAGCUAUUAAACAAAGACACCUACAGUUACUCGGUUAUCAAGUUGUUCAGAUGCCCUAUCAUGAGAUUGAGAUGCUAACAAGACUCGAAUUGGUGGAAUAUUUACAAAGAAAACUGUUUUCUCAAAACACUGUUCAUUGGUGACAAGAAGGAAUACUGGCUUCAGAACUCCAACAGUGAAAGAAUUUGCAUUUUUGUGGAACUGAAUAUUAAAAAAAGAAUAUAAUGUGAAUUAGCCACUUUGCAGAAUAUGUUCUAGACUGGUGAUCUGGAAGGGUCUGUGGUUUUCCUUAUACCAUGUGUAUAUUUAUUGUGGUAAAAUUUUAAUUUUAAUUUAAUACCAGUGUCAUAGAUACUUUUUAUACAUCAAACAGUUGAUCAUGUGCGAUAAAGAAUUCAGUGAAUAAAUGUUAUUUUAAAAAAAUGUUUU